AUGCUUGCUUCCAAACCACUAACAAUGUUCAAGCUCCUUUGCGUCGUUUUGGCCGUUGCCGCCAGAGUUGCGGUGGCCAAUCCAGCUACCCUCAGCGCAAGAUGUGACGAUCCGAAAGCACAUCUAUCACCUCUAACUGAACCAGUGCCGACUGUCCCGACUGCUGACCUGCCUAUCGAUCUACCGCCUAUCGAACUAGAGCCCAUCAGCCCAGAGGACAUAGAGGAGGCCGGGCAACCUGAUCCUCCAUCAUGGCUAACCGAACCCAGUCCUGUGCCGGUGGAUUCUGAAUCACCCGUGUUGGAUUUUUCUCCAACAUCACCUCAGGAUCCUAAGCCUAAGUUGCCCGGGCUAAACGUGCCCACUAAUGAUGGUGAUGAUGGACACAGCUCUAGGAAGGGAUAUUCCGAAUCUUUCAGACGGAAAAACGUUGUCUAUUUCACCGACUGGAGCAUAUACGGCGCUGGCUUUCUGCCACAAAAUCUUCCAGCAGACGAUAUUACGCACUUGUUGUACGCGUUUGCGGGAAUCGCAGCAGAUGGAUCUGUCGUCGUAUAUGACCCAUGGGCUGAUGAACAGAAGCUUUUAGGCAAGCGCAAUACCCAGGGUGAGAGCGUUCAUGGCGCAGUCGAGCAAGUCUUCCUGCUGAAGAACAAGUAUCGUCAUAUGAAGACUCUGCUGUCUAUCGGUGGCUGGACGGCGUCGCAAGAAGGAAAGUUUGGGCCAGCCAUCAGUUCCCCUGAGGGUCGACGUCGCUUUGCCGAGACUGCUGUCAGGUUGCUCGCUGACUGGGGGUUUGAUGGCCUUGACGUCGACUACGAAUACCCUGCGAAUCCACAAGACGCGCAGAACUUUGUCUUGCUACUCCAGGAGUGCCGACGAGCCUUGGACGAAUACGCUGGCCGUAACGGCCAGAAUUAUCACUACCUUCUGACCGUGGCGACACCUGCCGGACCAGAGCAUUACAGCCUCCUGGAUAUGAGAGCCAUGGAUCAGUACGUCGAUGCUUGGCACCUGAUGGCUUAUGACUACGCCGGCAGCUGGGAUACUGUAUCUGGGCAACAGGCCAACCUCUACCCCGACUUGGAAAAUCCCGACAGCACCAAGUUCAACACCGACCAAGCAGUGGGAGACUACAUCGCCCGGGGCAUUGACCCUAGGAAGAUUGUCCUCGGCCUUCCCCUCUAUGGCCGCUCGUUUACAAACACUGAUGGUCUUGGUCGACCUUAUAGCGGGAUUGGACAGGGGUCUAUUGAGCCGGGAGUUUGGCUCUAUCGCGACUUGCCUCGGCCUGGUGCAACGGUCUAUGUCAAUAGUUACACCGUCUCUGCAUACACUUACGACCCUGCAACAAGGGAACUGGUUUCGUACGACAAUGUAGAGACGGCUAGACUCAAGGCCGAGUAUCUUCAAAGUAGAGGCCUUGGUGGUGCUGUCUUCUGGGAAGCCGCAGGCGACCGUACUGGAGAAGAGAGUCUGAUUAGGACGCUGGCUAGAGAGAUGGGACACCUGGAUAAUUCCAUAAAUAUGGUGCACUAUCCUGAGAGUCGGUAUACCAACAUCCAGAACCCGUCAUGGUGA